UGGAUAUUGAGAUAAAGAGAUUCGUAGUACAACUUCUGGCGUUACGUUUAUAUUUGUUCGACGGUUUCAGGAGUAAUUAGACUGUUACAUGACAUUUUAUGUUCUUUUUUAUGUUUUCUCACAUUUCAGUCCUAGUUUAUACAAAUCUUCAAAAAAUCAUUAUAAUAGGCUUUAUUUUAACGGCGUUUAUAUAGAAAUAGGUAUAUUGAAGCGUCUUCGUCGAAAUCAAGGGGCGAAAAUAAGAAAUAAGUUGUUUCUGAUUAGUUCAUUCUAAAGUCAUCGGGUAGUGGCAUACAAGGUAAGGAUAUUAGACAUGUCUCUGAGUAAGUUAACUAUCCCAAGCUCCUUACUUUGGAGAAAUUUUGGGGUUUUUGUGCCAUUUCCCCAAAAUUUACCAUAGCGGCUUCCCCAAAAUGCGCCAAAUUUUCCUCAAAUUGGCAGCUUGGGUUGCCAGCAGACUGGAACAAUGAAGUUUUCCGCUGUGUAAACCAGGAAGUGAACAUUUAGUAUAUGACAAUCCCCAGUGGACCUGAAAGUCUAAGCCAAUCCCCUGACAAAGUCCAAUAUGUGUCUUCGAGCAGUCUUGAAAGGUUCGGGAACCAGUUACUGAGUUAGAAAUCGAAACUGUUAUUUUUUUAAUGACAUGUGAAGGUAGGUUGUAGCUUAUCACCAUAAGAAUCCAUGAAAAUUUGGUCCUUUUAAGGGAUCGUUCCAUCUCAUUUGUCUGGGUACGAUCUACCCAAAGUUCUGAGACCAUCAGUCCGAUUAUCUUCAGGUGUAGGUGAAAUUUAUGUACCCAUGUUCUGUCGGAAUACAGCAAGAUUCGUUGGUUAAUGUGAACACAAUUACUGAGGCUCACAGCUAUCAAUAGUCAUAAUGCGCAAGUUGUUAGCCGAUUGUUAGUAAAGUCCUUCCAGAUGAAUAUUUCGGUCAUUUUUCAGUUCCUCUCUAGGUAGCGUCUCAAAUCCACUUAAAAUCACUCAAGUACAAUCAUCUUACGGGCAACGUCCAAAAAAUGCUGUCAAGUCUAUCAAGGUUUUGAAGGUGUCACAUGAAGUCGCGUAAGGUGCGAUGCUUGAGACAAACCACAGAGCUGAGUGUCUCUUCAGAUUCUGAGGAGGAUCGUCUCGAAGAUUCUACUGCACCUGUUGUUGCAGACUCCACAGUAGUUGUGGAAGCAAUAAGAGAAUUGCAAAAACUAAGGAAACGACCAGCUGGAGUAAGCUUGUCUGCACUAGCCACUGGUAAAGAAGUCCCAGAUCUCAAUCUAACAAUCGCCAACGACCCAUUUAGACUUAAGACUGGUGGUCUAGUUGACCUAAACAGUAUUUCAUCUGCUAAACAAUCCGAAGAGGAUGAUGACGUUGAAGCUCGUCUAGCCAAAACGUUCGCCACAGAAACUAAUAAGAGAGAUGAAGAUGCCGAAAUGAUCAAGUACAUCGAGGAGGAAGUAGCCAAACGAAAGGGAUUAAUUAAACCCUCCACCCUAGACCGGGAUGAAGAUUCAGACUUACUACAGGAUGUUCCUGAGUAUCUCAAACCUUCAAUUGGUCAACAGAAGGAAGACAUGUUAUCCAACCAAAUGUUAUGUGGUAUCCCUGAAGUUGAUUUGGGUGUAGAAGCGAAAAUGAAGAACAUAGAAGCCACAGAAGAAGCCAAACAAACACUUUUUAGAAAAAGAUUAAGUCGCAAACAUGGUUAUUCAACAGAUCACAUAGCACCAACUAGUAUGGCAGUCAAUUUCGUUCAGCACAGUCGGUGGAAUAGUUACACAAAUGGAAUCAGUAAAAGAGCUGAUUUGAACAACGAACGAGAACUCAACCACAUAGCCAAUAAUAAUACAAACAAACUGGAAUCAACGGAAAAUAAUCCGAUGUCUCCUCAAAGGGAAAAUCGUCGUUUAGAUAAUAGCCGACCACAUAUUCGUAACGAAAAAUCCACAGAUAAUAUUGCACUUCAACGAUUCAAAAACUAUAUGCGCGAUAAAAGACGUCGAUGAUGAUUUUAUUCCCUUCUAUUUUUUUUAUCUUGACAGGACAAUGUUUCUUCUUUUUUAGUGAUAUUAUGUUUUAAGGUAUAUUGUAUAAUUCAAAUGUACAUUGUAAAUAUGAUUUAUUACUAUUAUUAUCACUAUUACUAUCGUUGUUUAAUGUUUGUUUCCUAAAAAGUGCUCAGUUGUGAAGUGACUGAUUUAUUAUGGUAUCAAUCAUUGUGUUUAUUAGCUUAGCGUUAGUAUCAUCUAAGGUUAUUGAGAACUAUCAUUUCAGUAAUCCCAUAGAAUAUUGGUUACAAUAAGUACUUUAGACAACAAAUCUAGCUAACCGUUUACAAUGCAUAAUUAUGAUUGCCAACUUCUCUUGCCAUUGAAAAAUCCAUUGCAUCGUACAACACACACUUAAAACUAGGAAGUAGUAAAAUUCAGCAAUUCAAAUGAUAUGAAGUAAAAGAGUAAAACAUACUAUGAAUAAAAAACCCGAGUAUCUUAGUAAUCCAUGUUUGUGUAUAAUAUUAAUUCAACUAACUUAAAUUACACUAAAAUGGUAUGGCUGUAUAUCCGUAUGUUAUACAAAUAAGUCAGUCGAACCUUUUCAUGGAAUUCGUUCAAAUACCAAAACGACAAUAAAGAGUUGGGAGGGAUGACAUUUCUCUUUUUUAAAAUGAGGCUUGUCGAGAAAGUAGCUUCCAAACUAUCCAGAAGUAUAUCUAUUAGAAAACGUUUACAAUUGACAAUACCUUUCACAAAUUUUGUUUUGUAGUGUGAAAACAUUAUUUCGGUGAAACUCUACUCUGUUUUAUUAGAAAACAUUGGUAAUCAACGCCUUUCGAAGUAAUGGUGGUAAAAAAAGUUUGCGUAAUUAUGAGCACAACCCGAUGUGUUUGGUUUAAAAACGUAUAUUCCCUCAUGUUAGAUAUUUCCUUUGUAAUUAUGCAAUAAAAUUAACUGAAAUGUUACAGAAACUUCUUCAAAACUUUCCGAUUUCACUCCCCUCAUAAUUUACUUUUAUUUAGUGAAUUUCGUAAAUCCUAAUUCUGUUAAAAUAUUAGAUUCAUCAAAAUUAUUAGCUUGUAUGUUGUUAAAGAAAUGUAAUAAAUUCAUCGUAUUCGAGAAACCUUGUUUUUGCUUUCUAUAAAUUUGCCAAGGGGUUCAUUUGAGUGAUAAUCAGUCACUGAUCGGCAAAUAUUCUCAGUUGUCACAACUGUGAUAAAAAGAUCUCUUAAAUGUCA